AUGGAGACUUACUACGGACACGUCCGCACGCCAGCGGACGCCAUCAUUUUGUUUGAGGCCUGUCGCAUUGGUCUUUUGCCACGAGUACAAAGGCGUCUUUCUGAGAAGGAACGGCAGUCAAUUAGAUCGGGAUCAGUGUUCGUCUGGGAUGAGCGAGAAGCGGGCAUGCGCCGAUGGACGGACGGCAAAUCAUGGAGCGCCAGUCGAGUGUCCGGUAGCUUUCUGACAUAUCGAGAGAUGGAAGGCAAGCGGGGUGGUGGCAGCGUCUCACAAGGCUCCAUGCCCAGAACGGGCAAGACGCCGGACAGCAGAGGGAGCGACGAGGAGCGAGGUGACGGCACUGAUGAGGGCCCUGAUGGAUACCGGUACAAGCCCGAUGGAUUGAUGAAACAGUCAUUCAGUAUCACAACCUCCACUGGCCAGCACCUUCAUCUGAUCAGCUACUACGCUCGCGCUCAUUCAUCUGCCAUGUCUCUCCAACAACCAACUACAGAUCCCGCACUCCGUCAUGUUCGACCCCAGAAGGGUCUGUAUCCGGAGUCAACAGUCAAUGAUCAGCAGAACCUCCCGGUGGUAACUCGUGGACCCAUGCCUGGUGCUGCUUACCCCAUCACUCCUCACCCCAUCGGCCCGUAUCCGCGUGCAACCCACGCGCCUUCAUAUCAACAACCCUCGUACGCAUGGCCUCCAACACCUUUGGCCACACCACCAACAGUGUCUGUUCAUUACGGCCCGGGCUACCCUCAACUUGUCCCUGGCGCCAAUGGUCCCCCGCCAUAUGGCCACCCGCAUCAGGCGCCCCCUCACCCAGCUCACGGCCAUGCCCUCCCCCCGCCUCCCCACGGUGCACCUAUGUACGAUCGUCCACCUCAUCCCGAAUCAACCCUUCCUCCGGGUCCCCCACCAGGCUACCCCGGUCGAUCACCUCGCACAAUGCAUGAGCCUCUCCAACAAGGAAGCCCCCGAGGCUACGGGCAGCCCAUGGCCGAUCCCCGUCUCGCUUCCCCCCGCGUUGCUCACGCACCUGGCGCCCCACAGCCCAACGGUAUCGCGCAAAGCCCGCACAUGCUGAAGCAACAACUCGGUCCCAUCGGCACUCCCCCCAAGCCCGCAGAACCGGCUGGUCCCCCAGGUACCGUUCCUAGCAUUGGAACCCUCAUGGCUAGUGCAUCUCUGGCCCCAAUCUCCUCAACCGGCCCUCCCACAGGCCCGGGCAGCCCCAACCCCGCUCGCCCUGGUGCGAUGGGUGAAGGCCCCCGAGAUAUUCCUAAUGAGAAGAUUGGAUUUGGAGGUGAAGACAUGAGGGCUUUGCGCCAGCUGGACCGUGUGUUCACUGCGUAA